AAUGAAAGCACGGGUGGGUCAACACAUGUGGUUGUGUCGGCCGGUCGUAACCAAACCAUACAAUUGCCCAAAGACGAGGUAACGCUCUCGGCGUUUGUGUUGCCCUCAUCGCAGUCAUACAAAUACGAGUGGCAACUGAUAUCCCGACCCACGAGUCAAGACAUAGGCAAUAUGGAAGGCGCCAACACUUACCAAAUCAAACUCUCACAUCUGUCUGCCGGCAACUAUACGUUCGAAGUGAUGGUUAGCGACACUAACGACAAGAACGUGUUCGGCACGUCUACUGUCAACGUCACUGUAUUGCCGCCCAAACGCAACAAUAAGCCGCCGCUGGCUGUCAUCAAACCGGCCAACUCUACCGUUCAGUUGCCCAAUAAGGACACUGUACUCGACGCUUCAUUUUCCACCGAUGAUAACAAUAAUAAAAUUGUUAAAUACGAGUGGCAGGCAUUGGUAGUUCCCAUUGGGUAUACAAACACCAACUUUCCGCCCAACCCUACGUUACAAUUGAAGGAUCUGUUGCCCGGUUUAUAUCAAUUGAAUCUAACAGUG